AAUAAACAAAUCAGAAUCGGUUAUUUGCAUCAGCAUACAACAACAGUCUCCAGUCAAAAAAUAUUCUCUUCGCAGACUAUUUAUAACAUUUGGAUUAAAUAAUUUUAAUUAAUAAAAAACCAAUCAAAAUGAAAGUUUUCGUAACAUUAUCCGCUCUGUUCGCUGUGACAAUGGCUCGUGGGUAUAACUCUCAGGAUGCCUAUUCACAACAGCACCAAGCACCCGCUUACCAACAACAGCAACAACCACAACACUACCAAGCACCAAAGCACGAACAAUACAGUGCACAAAAGCCACCAAUUCCAAUCUUGAAAUACGACUCAAAAUUGAACCAUGAUGGAUCAUACCAAUAUGCAUACGAAACCGGAAAUGGAAUCCAAGCCGCUGAACAGGGAUACGUCAAGAACGCUGGCCACAAAGACGGUGAAAUCCAAGUUGCCGAAGGAUACUUCCAAUAUACCGGUGAUGAUGGUAUCCCAAUUUCAUUGAAAUAUGUUGCCGAUGAGAACGGUUUCCAACCACAAGGUGACCAUUUGCCAACCCCAGUACCACUCCCAAAGGAAAUCAUUGAAGCCUAUGAAAAAAUUGCUGCCGAUCCACGACAAAACGAUGGUGAUGAUGGUCAAUACCGUGCUGAAUUACACACACAACACAAAUACCAACAUCAACCACAACAGCAACAACAACAUUAUGACCAAUCCCAGCACUACAAAUACUAAACUUCGCAUAAAUCAAUCAUACCCGAUAUAUCCUAGUAAAUUAUUUUGAAACAUUUCUGUUUUGCCAAAAAAAAUUUCAGUAGCAAAGAAAAAAUGAUACGACAAGUAUGACUACCUUUGCUACUGUUUGUGACCGUUAAAUGAUAUAUGAAGGCGCAACGAAAUCCUAUUAUCAAAUUUAGUUUUUAAGUAAAUGAAUUUAAAUAAAUAAAUAAUUAUACGUGAAA